GGUUGGGGGUGGGGGGUGUUGGAAAGGAAAUCAGAGUAGAAGCUACUUUAAAAAAAAAAAAAACACUCAAACAACUGAAAAAAUCGUCAUCCUCUGUAAGGAAGCAUACAGGAGGUCCUCGGUCUAGAGACGAGUGCCCUUCCUACGAUGCCGUUGUAAGUCUGAACUUACCUAAAUGAACACCUAAGUCAUACAAAAUGUUGUUUAUCACUGUAGUGGUCUCGCAACCUGGAAGGGGCGUUGCAAAGGAGGGAGAGAGUGGCUUAUUAGGAGGGGGAGUCUCAAUUGCUGGGUUUCAGCCAUGUGACCCAGAGGCAGUUUGCGUCACUUCCAGUGAGCAGAUGGGGGGCAAGCAUAAGCUACAGCCACAAACACAAUCAGGGGCCAUCCACACGGAAACGUUUUCAGGUCAAAAUGGCAAAGCAUUUUGUCGUUUCGGCCUCUCAUCCACACGGGAACUGGGCGACCUGAAACAGUAUUUUUUGAAAACGGCUUACAGAGUGGGAAAAUCUGAAAACGGUGGCUCACCGUUUCCGGAUGGACUAGCAAACCUGCUACAAUUUAAAAACGAUUACGUCACCGCCCCAUCACCGUCACCUGACCGGAAGUGAGCUUUGACGACAAGCCAACAUAAUAUAUGAAUAUUUAGAGUGUCAUGAGUAGGCUGUAAUAUCAACCGGUCGAUAUUAUCGGACCGAUAUUGGCAUAAAAAUGUGAUCGGUAGGUAUUGCUAUCUGGGUUUUUUUGCCGAUAAUGAAAAACGAUUUUGAAAAAAAAAGCUGUAUAGAUGGACAUUUUAAUGUUCACAUAGCCAGGAUGACACCACAGUUUGUUCACAUACAGUGCGAGCCCCGCUGCUUUGCGCUUUCCACAGGCUCUUGUGUUCCUGUCUGCUCUGAUCGCCCUGAAGUCGGCUAGCUCCCCACGUUAGCGUCUGGGACGCUAGCUGUUAGCCAUUCAGUGGAGCACAAAUAAGCUGCACUCCCUGAAGGUCUUGAUGUUCUUGCCAUGAUUAGGGAUCAAGUGAUUAGUGAUAGAUUAAGUGUACCCUUUUAAUUAAAAAACAUUUGUUUUCAUAGCUUAUUUCAACCCAAACAAAGCAAAUAUGCUUGUUUUACCAAAACAUUAACAAAAUGCUGGUAUCCUCAACUCACAUUUCUAUUUCAGAAUGCAUUUCUUUCUAGUGUUCUGACAUUUUUAACUGGCAGGCGCCCCGUGGUCGUGGGGGUCUCCCUGGUGCCCAUGGGCACCACGUUGGUGACCGCUGUGCUAUAUGGUAUGAAAGGGGAACCAUAAAAUUUAGACAAAAACAUAUUUGACGUACUUUUUCAAAAUCACUGGUGAAAGACGAUCAGGCGCCUUCUUUAAGGAGGCUUUGGAUGCAUCCAGAAGGACCCCAGGCAGUCGGCAAACCCGGUUUCCUCCGCCACCGACGAUGUCCGGCCAUCCAGUCCGACGAAGCCAACCACUUUUCGGGCUAUCACGGGCGCGUGUCCCACAUUUUGGCUAAUUAGCCCCCGACCGACCGACGAUCACGUUGCGCGCCCCGAAAUGCCGCACCAAACGAAACUUUUUAAUGCAUGUUUUGCAGAGUGCAAAACUUCUGUCACUCUCACAACGACAGGAAGUCCCACAAGGUAAUAAGUCCAGUCCUGUUACACAUAUCGGUAUGGGAAAUUGAGAGUUGUACAAUAAUGGCGUAUCGGUUAUCUGUGGAAAAGCCAAUAUCGGACAUCCCUAGUCAUGGCUCGCCCCAGUCGACAUUCUCCCGGUAUUUUCUUGUCUUAUACUCCCAAAAUGAUGCGCAUGUAAUUUCACUCUGCCGUCAAGACGAGCCUUGAAAAGCUGAAGACGACAGACUUAUGCGCAUCUUUUCUUUCUUCUUCUAUGGUUUGGUAGCGCCACACGUAAUUUUCACUCAGUUAUUCGUUCCCGUGUGGAUGCAACUAUUUACUAAUAAGACACAGUGUGGAUGCGACUUUUUCGCAACCCACCAAAAAAAAAAAAAUCUCAAGAGCGUUCCCGUGUAGACAGGGCCUCAGUCAGUAUGUUUGUGCAACGUUUUGGAAAUUAAAGCGAAGACGGGUGCGUGUCAUUGAAAUGAUUUGCUGCAAUUGUGAGUGUACAUGGUGUGAUACAGGAAGACAUAAAAUCGUUGAAAAAGCAGUGAAAGCUUAUCUUCAGCGUCAGGCAUAAUGAAAUGAAACAAUUGCCUCGAGCAUGUCUAUUUGCAUUCUGUUUGCAUUCUUACGCCAAAUCUGCAUGAAUGCAUUCUUGUAUGUCCUUCAUCGUUUCGCCGCAGCUCCAUAGCCAAGCGUCAGCCGAAUUUCACGCAGUGUUGCCGGGCUGCUAGAAGCCACGGGCCCUGCCUUCUCCAUGGAGUAUCGCUGGACAUUCCAGGUGGAGAAUAUUUCUGCAUUUCACAUUUUCCAGUUCCAACAAUGUUUGAGCUUUUAUUUUAGUAUAAAUUGUGCUUCUUGUUGCUCACUGGCAACUGGAACGUGUCCAUGCUUUGCUCCACUCAACGAGAGCAACAUUUUGGUUGUUUCCUUAACUUUACCUGCUAUGAUGGACUACCUUAGUAAAUGCGUUUCCCACAAUACAUAUUUGAACGAUUUCACCUGCGAGAAGUGCGCAUGUAUGCGGCAUUUUUGCUCUGAAUUUACAUGACUUCUCGUUACAAAUACGCUUGUCUGCCCCCCCCCAUCUCUGUGAGGCGGUUGUGACGUAACAUGAAACCCAGCAAUAAUGAGAGCAAUACACUGCUUAGUUGUCACAGAUCCUUUCACAUGUUCAAUGAUGCCAUCUUUGUCCUUCAUGACGCUGGCGACAGUCCAGCAGCUUACACCAAACAUGUGGGUCGGCAUUUCUCCACUUUCACUUUCCUUUUCUUUGCCAUCGGAAGAGUCUGCCUGGAAAGUUAACUAGAAAGAACAAAAGUGAUGAUGUCCUUCCCCGAUGUGAUGUCUACGCCGCGCGUGUAACUAGUUCUUUUCUUCUUGUUGUCCUGUAUUAAUCACUCGUGGGAGUGCGUACGCCAACACAAAACUUUGUAAAACGAGGACCGCCUGUAUUUGUCUUUGAGACACACCAUGAGACACACACGAACGCUUGAAAUAAAUAAUACAGCUCCUGUGACCCGACAGGCGGAGGAGUUGACUGGCUGCAUAUUGUGCACAGUGCAGUUUGCCAACAGGCUGACUAAACAGACUCAGACAUGGCUGGAGGACCUGUGUUUGCUGUGACAUGGCAGUCAGGGUGGGGGAUGUGGGGGCUGCUGUCAACAAUGCCACAUGGCGGAAAGACGCUACUUUUGCAAGUCCUCAUUUCACUUGCCCUGUCGUUACAAAUUGCAACAUAUGUGGAACCCUUUUAUUUGCUAGCUAAGGUCCAUUUAAGUCCAAAUAGCCACCACAAGUAUCUUCAAAUUGGCAUAAUUGGCUAUGACGCAGUUCCAAAAUGAGUAAAAAAACAAACAAACAUGAAAAGUAAAACAAAUAUGUUUAGAAAUUAACUUUAUUCUGUCGCUUUUUCUUUUAAUUCUUUUAAUGUAACAAAACAGAGCCGCCUGUGAGCGCCUUUUAGAAGGGCAGAGGGACCGACAGCAGCACCUGCUGCUUGUUGAGAGGAGUGACGCGUGCUUUCGCGUCAGACUCUCCAAAAGUCUCUUCAGUAGACGUCGCUAGUUUGAAAAGUAAUGGGUGUGAUGACUCGCUAAACUGGCAGGCCAGAUUUGUUAAGAAGCAGAGUUACGAUGUCGUCUGCUGUACGGAGUUGGAACGACAAGCUACGUUCACAGACGGUCCCGUUAUAAUGUGUUUAUGAGCCGGGGCUCGUAAACACACAGGGUAGCACCAACUUUGUGGAAGGCCACCUCAAAUAAUCACUGGAAAGAAAGGCGAGUCAUUUAAAUUCAGUAACAACUGGCACAAUUUAAAUCCAAGCGACUAAAGUCAACAAAUCUCGCAAUGUACUACGAUAUUGUCCGAUUAAAAUUUUGGAUUCACGCAACGCACACACACACACAAAACAAGCUGUGGAAGUGUACAAGUGUAACUAAAAAAACAAAUAUUAGUGCAGCAGCCCCCCCACCCUGCAGGCCUGACUCCAUCUUUUAAUAUUAAUGUGUCUGACUGCAGCUCCUGAGUUGCUUAGGAACAAGAGAACAUCAUACUUUUUAAAAUCCAGUAUAGGAAAGGCCAUUGAGUUUAUCUCGUUCAUCACUUGGAUCAAAAAAAUAUAUAUUAGCAAUAGAAACUAUACUUGGCUUCCAAAUGGAAAGUGACACCAUUUCAUAGUUUACAACAGAUCAGAGCAAAAGGGCACCAGGUGAGUAUGUGCAUACGUGACGACGCUUGUACAUAUGUGCUUUAAAGACACGUGACUUGUUUUGUUAAUCGUCUGACCUUUAAUCUCCUUGCAGAAGUGAAAAGUAUUAGCUCACCCGCCCGGAACAAGCAGAUAUUUAUUCUCGGGUCGUUUUCAUUUCUUUGCAAGGUAAGCAGAACAACACAAAACUAGCGUAAAUUGUUUUAAGCACAAGUGAUUUAUUACAGAUAUGUUGCAAUGCCCAACUUGAAUAUUCCAUUUUACAUUUACAUGACUUCUUUACAUUCUGUCUUACACUAAAUCAGGACAGGAUCAAAUACUUAUUUUUCCCAAUGUAUAUCUAUAAAGCUUUAAGUACCCCCGUUUGAGAAGCGAGGUGACGUCACACACGGAGUUUUGUGCCGUAAACAAAUCAGAAGGAGCUCCUGCUGUUCCAGGAAUGUGCCUCGUCAUCACACGCUUUCGCCCCCCGGGGGGUUGCGCCGGCCGGGGAGGGGAGACGAGAGAGGGGAGGUCUCAGCUGGGACCUCUCCCGGCUGCCCUCUCGGAGGCAGCCCGCACAAGCAUCAGCGGGGAUGCCACACGGAAGCCAUGCGGCGGGCCCGCGCGCUGCUCCGGCCGGAAGUGACUCUUCUCCUGAUUCCGCCGCUGCUGCUACUCGCGCUCCAGCUCGGCGUGUUCGCACCGCGGCUUCCCGGCGGAGGCGCCACGGCUGGUGAGAAGGAGCCCGGGGCUGCGGUGGCUUUGUCCGUCAUGAGUAUCGAGCCGGGGAGGAGCUCUCGCGGGGACCGAACGAGAGUUCCGGUGGAGGAAUCGGAGGAGGUCACGCGAGCUUACGAGGACGAGAACGAGAACGAGAUGCAUUCACUGCAGGAUGGACCCAGGAUGUUGGAGCUGCAGCCUUGGGCCCAAGACGAACCGUCUUUCUCUGCAGAACUUAGCCGCAUCGUCCUGCAUAUCACCAAACCACAGUUGAACUGCUCGAGGGUCCUCUCCCCGGGUCAAGUUCAGGCGUCCCACCCAACUGCAGCCUCACCUCAGCCUUGGCUGCUGUGUGCGGAGGAGUGGCUGCUUCCCGCAGCAGACACGCCGUGCAUUGCAUACUCCUUCAGCAUGGACGGGGGAGACGCUGACUUUCUAAAGACGGUGUCUGGGAUGGGCUGCCAAGUCCACAGCUUUGAUCCCAGUAGCACCGCAGCAUCUGGUGGUCGCCGUGGCAACAGUUUGGCCGGUCGCCACGGCGAUGGCGGCGUGACCAGCCAGCAUAGGAUGUGGCUGGAGUGGCGAGCGGCGAGGAGGCGCGGGCACAAGGCGAGCGUGUCGCGAACGCUGGCGGACAUCAUGGCGGCUCUGGGACAUCCCGUCGUCCACUUCCUGUACGCCGACCUGCUCAGUGCCGAGUGGCGCGUCUUCCAGAACUGGAUCGAACUAGGCACCUCACAGCGCAUCCAUCACCUGGUGGCCAAGGUGCACCUUCAGUGGGCCGGCUUCGAGGUGGGCGGGAGCGACGAGCAGGUGCUCCGCUAUUGGUUCAGCGUCCUGCAGGGACUCCGGGCCUCGGGGCUCCGGCUGGUCCACAGCUCUGCAGGAGAGGGGCAGAGCGUGUUGAAACGGAGCGUGAGGAACGCACGCAGCUGCUACACGCUCAGCUGGGUCAACAUGAGACAUUGACGUCAGCGUUUGAUCAGUCAAAAGAUGGCUCCAAAGCUUGAGGAUGAGAGCACUGAUGGCUGUGAAACGCAGUUUGGACCCGCAUCUUCUAGAACAUCCCAGUGGGCUAAGAGGCCACUAUAAGAUACUUGAACUGUCAAUCAUGCUGUGCUAUAAAUAGGGAACACCUUUAAGAAGACCCGCUCUUCUGUUAUUUGAAUGUAAUUGGAGUUUUAAAGCUCCACCAUCCAAAUGUUUGUCAGUAAAAUGUUGAUUUUGUGCAAUAAAAAAAUAAUUGCGCCGAGAAAAUCUUCACUGUUGGGUGUGAAAAAAGCCUGCUAAAAAAAACUUGAAUAAAAUAUUUAUUUUCAAA